ACUGAACAAAGGACGGAUCGCAGGAUCUGAUAACGGCGAAGAUACCACAGGAACAGUGCGCAGUACAGUAGAUCAUCUCUCGCAUGGUGAAUCAACGCAGGAAAAAUAGGGGGGAGGGGGACAUCAGAUUCUUUGUUAAUCACCGAGCCGAGCAUGAUCGUACUCUCCUAGGAUGUUUGCAAUGCCUCUUAGGAACGAUCAAGGCAUCCAGUACGCAAAGAGGGGCCGUCCUGGCCCGGGAGAAGGCUUCACAGUCAACUUUAUCAUGCAGGACGGCGAAGAGAUUACUGUGCAAGCGCACGAGGGCGAGAGUCUGCUCGAUGCUGCUUGGGCUAACGACAUUGAUAUCGAAGGAGCAUGCGAGGCAUCGUUGGCUUGCUCAACAUGUCAUUUGAUCUUGGACACAGAAUCCUACUCAAAGCUGGAGGAGCCCACGGAUGAGGAGAAUGAUAUGCUGGAUCUCGCCUUCGGGUUAACUGAUACCUCGCGCCUUGGAUGUCAAGUGCUGAUGAACAAGGAGCUCGACGGCAUCGUGGCCAAACUCCCAGCCAUCACCAGAAACGCCUCUGCUUAAGGAUUUACACGCGUCCCCAGUUCCCCUCAAGAUCGCCUUUGAACACACACAUACACACACAUAGAUUCCCGAAUAUAGGGCGUACAUGCAUGCA